AUGCGUACCUACGACGAUUCCUUCAGCGGGACGAAGAUCUACCCGGGCAAGGGCAAGCUCUAUGUCCGCGGUGACAGCAAGAUCUUCCGAUUCCAGAAUGGCAAGACCGAAUCCCUCUUCCUCCAGCGCAAGAACCCGCGAAGAAUAGCCUGGACCACGCUCUACCGAAGAAUGCACAAGAAGGGUAUCUCGGAGGAGGUCGCAAAGAAGCGAACUCGCCGUACCGUCAAGCACCAACGAGCCAUCGUGGGCGCUUCGCUCGACGUGAUCAAGGAGCGCCGUGCUCAGCGACCUGAGGCCCGCGCCGCAGCUCGUCAAGCCGCGAUCAAGACCGCCAAGGAGAAGAAGGCCGCCGAGGAGAGCAAGAAGAAGCUGGAGAAGGCGAAGGGCGCUGCCGGUGCCGCUAGAGGCCAGAUCCGCAGUGGCAUUGCCAGCAAGCAACAAGCCAAGGGUGCACCCAGCAAGGUUCAAGCCAAGAGCAGAUAA